GUUUACCAUUUACUUUCGAGUUUUAUAGAUCGGUUGUGAACGCGAAAACGUUUCUUCGGUGGUGGUGUUUUUAUUUUUGGAUUUAAAGAGCAAAAAAAAAAAACGAACAAGGUCUUGCUAAAUUUGUGCAAUUGCGAGCUUUAUAUCGUGUUAAGCAUCGUUCUAAAAUCUAUCGUAUAUCUGUCAAUAUUUAUGUGAAACUAUGAAAUGUGGAUAAACAUCGGCGAAUCAAUGACAUUAUUUGUUUAUAAUAAUUUUGUGUUGCACUUUGAUUUUGUUAAUUUUCAUUUGUAAUAUGGAACGCAGAACUUAUCGUUUUUUUACAAAAAGAUCAGAGCACUACAAUAACCUCCAAAAAGAAGAAGAGAAAUUGAAUAAUUCGAUUAACAACAACAAUUUACAAGUAGCGUCUGGUGGUGCCAGUCCUCUAAAAGAUCAUUCGAAUAUACAAAAUAAUCGUGUGCCUACAUCAACUGCCAGUGAAACGUCCCGAGUAGAAAGUAGAUUGGAAAGUACCAACACGCAGCCAACGGAACAAAAUCAGAAAAAUUCACCUUCACAGCCACAACAACGUCAACAACCGGCAGUAUCAUCACCAAAUGUUCUAGCUAAGACUUACACCACAAAGAAUACGGUUACGUCUACGCAAUCAUCGACUACAUCGCACGUACAAUCAAACACAACUACUACAUCAAGCAACGAACGACCUCUAAAGUGUCUUGAAACCCUUGCCCAAAAGGCAGGCAUAACCUUUGACGAAAAAUACGAAGUAGCUAGUACACUCCUUACGCUGGAGAAAUCACAGAGCCCCGCGCAGCAGGUUGCUGCGCCAACGUCGGUGCCCCUGCAAAUAUCACAAGAACAGUUGCAACAGCUGUACUUACAGCAAGCAUAUGGAGGAGCCGUUCAAGUGAAACAGGAGUUUCCGAACCAAACCAUUAGCAAUAUGGAGUUGAAACAACAGAUUGCCGACCACAAUCAGCAACAAGUACAGCAAAUGCAGAUUGUCGAAGCACCACCCAGUCCACAUCAACCGCCUAACAGUUCAGCGAUGUCGAUGCCUCAACAGAAUCAACAGAAUGCCACGAUAAACACGAUGUCGCCUCUUCAACUGUCCAGUGGUCAAAUGCCAGCUGAUUGGGGUGGUCGAGUACAAGUUGUGCAACAACAGAUCCAAAACCCUCAGUAUUUACAAGGAAUGUACGGAGCGCCACAAGUUUUAAUGAACGGAAACAUUUUGACACCUGGACUUGGGCCACAAGUCCAAGUAAUUGCUGCCGGAAAGCACUUUCAAGGCGGUCAGUUAACAUCUCAAAUGCUUGCUCAAGGUAAACAAAUGAUUGGUAAUGGACAGGGAUUUAGCGGAACUUACACGCUACCAACCAUUCCAUCGAGCCAACAGCAAACUUUGCUGUUUAGUCCAGUAAGUGCAGUAAAUGUGAUCAGCUCACCCCAGCAACAGCAACAACAAAAUAUUUUACCGGCACUUACGUCUAACCAAGGGAAUGCUAACAAGCAACCGACCCAACAAGACUUACAAAAAGCCGCCUUAGGACAAAAAGUCUUGCAAAAAAUCACUGCCAAUGGAACGCUUAGCAAUAAUCAAAUUCAGGGAAACAAUCAGGCCGGCGGUCAAUGUGUUCAAGUAUCUCAGGCGAUGCCCACAGCUCAAAUGAUCAGUCCAAUACAGCAAGCUGGUGCUCAACAUAUGCAAUUCGCUCCGUGGAAUGCAAUACCACAAUUUCAGUGGACCAAUGGACUGUCACCGCAGCCUAUGUUAGCCCAAAACAAUCGUUAUAUUAUCGCAACAAAUCAAGAUGGAACAGCUGGUCUUCAAUUCAUUCAACAUAAUCCACAAACGAAUCAAACAAUUCAAACGCAACCUCAGACGCAGACCUUAGCACUGUCCAAUUUGCAACAAGCUGUACAACAACAACAACAACAACAGCAGCAGCAGCAACAACAGCAAGCCCAGCAAGUGCAACAAGCUCAGCAAGCACAACAGGCCCAACAACAAGCACAGCAGAAUCAGCAGCAGCAACAACAGCAACAACAACAAGCGCAGCAACAGCAACAGCAACAACAAAAACGAGCUGAGACUUUAGCACCGAAAUUGCAAGCAAAUCGUACACCAAAUAUCCUGCCACAAGGAGCUCAGGGUCAACUUAUUCGGCCCGCAAGUUCUGUAUCAACUCAAACGGCUCAGAACCAAGCAAUGCUGAAUCAAAAGCAGAGUAAAAUGCGUACCAAACAGCAUCCCACUGUUCGGCCAGCCGUUCCCAAUUUGAAAACAGAUGCGUCAAACCAAACAAAAACUGGAAAUAUGGCUGGUCAGCAACAACAGAGCGUACACACCGUUGCGACCUCAGCCGGAAACAAGAUGGUAGUGUUUGGUGGAACCACCAUGAUUUCUCAACAAAUGCAAAACUCGUUAAACAAUGUUGGCAAUGAUAAGCAACAGCAACAACUACAACAACAGAUGAAAGUUCAACAACAACAUAUGAUACAGCAGCAACAACAACAGCAGGCUUUACUGCAGCAACAACAAGCCAUUCAACAACAAAUACAGCUUCAGCAGCAACUUCAGCUUCAACAUCAAAUUCAAAUCCAACCAGCCCAACAGCAACAAUUUAGUAUCCAAAGUCAACAGCAACAUCAGCAACAAGUGCAAAAUCAAUUAAUUCAACAGCAACAAGCGCAUGGAACAAUACUUCAGCAACAAAUUGUGGUUCAGCCACAGCAACAACAAACCCAAGUCAAUCAAAUGACAAUCACCACAUCCAGUCCGAACGUGCAACAACACGUCAACAUUCAACCGAAGCCUCCACUCCUCAUUAGUCAACAAUCCACAUCCCAGGCCCAACAAAUUGACAAUCAUCGUCCUGUAAUGUCUAUGGUUUCCAUAUCCGGUAACACAACGAUGUCCAGCGGACCAACGCUAAUGGCCCAAUCUCAGCCGAUAAAUUCAAUGUGCCAUUUGACCACACCGCUGACAUCUCCACCACAAGUACCAUUGAUACCACCACCGAAUCCAUUGGUUGCAAUGUCUACGCUCUCCGCCGGUCCAUACAACAGCAACUCUGUGACAGUUACUCCGAGUCUGGUGCAUUCGAACAAAGAGAAAACAAAUGAAGUGGCUCCGAAUACAGUUUCGUCGGAAAAGAAUGCCGAUAGUGAAAAUGUUCUAAGUACACCCGUGACAACGACGACAACAUCAAAUGGGGACAGUAAAGAAAAUGAAGUUACUCCAAUGGACACAACACCAGCUGAAGGUGAUGAUGCAUCGCAAACGGAUUUAAAAUCUAAUACGGAUACAACAGCAAUCACAACAACAACCAGUACACCAUCAACCACUGCAGUAAAACUUGAAAGCAUAUCGUCAUUGACAACAUCGACCAGCAAUUCAACAUUGACGACAUCAACAACAACGUCCGUUGCAGAUGCAAAUGAUAGUUGCAUUGGUGGCACCGGCAGUAGUGGCAGCAUCGUAACCAACGGUACAACGUGCAAUGCGGCUUCAUCGCCGAGCAGUAAUUUGCUCAACAAUAACAAUAAAAAUGAAAAAGGUCUGCCCAAAGCAAUGGUGAAACCGAACGUUCUGACCCAUGUGAUUGGAGACUUUGUCAUACAGGAAGCGAACGAACCGUUCCCGUUGACCCGACAACGUUAUCCGGAUGAUGCGGCUGAUGAACCGCCAAAAAAACGCCAAACCAUCGAAGCCGUCGAAAAACCAUCGUCCUGUGAAAAUUGCCGCAAACUAGAAAAAUCGUCGAAAAAGAAGAAGCAAUACUGUUCUCAAGCCUGUGCCAAGGCAGCAAACAAAUCAACCGACGAUCAAUCAACACUACAAUCACCCGACCAAACCACACCGAACGAACCGACAUCGAACGGUAAUUCUCAAAAGCAACAAGCGAAUGUAUCGCGUACCCAGACCAAUGACACAACAAACGCAUCUGAUAGCAGCACGAAUGAAAAAUCAGCAUCGGAAGUGGUGGCAAAAUGGACCGUUGCGGAAGUGUGUGAAUUUAUACGUAACUUACAGGAAUGCAGCACCCAUGCUGAAGACUUUGAGAAUCAGGAAAUUGAUGGUCAAGCAUUGCUACUGUUGAAGGAAGACAAUUUGGUGAAUGUGAUGCAAAUGAAAUUGGGUCCGGCUGUUAAGUUAGUGGCACGCGUAAGGGAAAUGGUUGAAAAGAAUCAAGAGCAGUAGAUUGUACGCUAUGACGAUUGCAGAAAGUGGUUUUUUGUUGUUGUCAGGAGCGAAGAAAAUGCAAUUUUGUAGAUAUCUGUAGUGUAAAUAAGACACGGACAUUAUUGCUCUGGAUAGGUAUUAUAAUUGUAGUGAGUACGAAGAACAUUUUCAUUUUAAUUAAUUAAUUAAUCAAUUGUAACUAGUGAUAAGUUUAAGUAGAACAACAAGAAACAUUUAUUUAUCGUAAAAGUUUAAGGUUACAAAUGUACUUGAUAAUAUGCACAGCUUCAGACCAGCAUGCUAACAAUUUUUAAAGAUCUACGGAACAAAGAAAUAUUUUAACACUCAAUAGGACAAAAGAAUUGGCCGAUGUUUUUUCCCCGGAAAACUUUUUUUUUUGAGUCUGUAAUUUGAACAUGUCUGCAACCAUUAACAAUUUUAAGUUGAAUUUGUACAAAAUUUUUACAUUUUUUACGGUCAUUCGUAAUGAUGUUAGUAAAUAUCUCGAAAUUGAAAAAUGGAAUUGUGAAUUUUCACCGGAGGAAAUGUUGUACAUUCGGAAAGUAAUAAAUUUUUUAAAAAUUGUAAAA